AUGCGCCUGCAUCCAACCGCAUGCAUGCUGUUCCACCCCAAACCCUCUUGCAGGCAAGAGCGAGAGCAGCAACAAUUGCAGCAGCAAGCGGCGCAGCCGGCCGGCGAUGACGAGGACAUUGUCAUCGAGUACGUCACGCAGCCGGUAGACCUGGCCACGAUUUUCGGGGACGCGGCGGCGGCGGCAGCGGGUGGCGACAGCAAUGGCGGCGGCGCGGCGGCGAAGGACGAGGAUGAGGACGAGGAGAUGGCGUAUGGCGGCCUGGGGCUGGGCCUGGGGGCGACGCGGGGGCUCGGCGCUGGCGGCGGCGGCCAGGAGGACGAGGAGGGGCAGCAGCAGCAGCAGCAAAAGGCGGCUUUGGACCCAUUUGAGGCCUUCAAAGCGGUGCUGGAGCGCUUCGCGCCAACUGAGGACGACGCGGCAGCGGAUGGGGAGCAGGAGGAGUAA